CAGCGAAGCCAAAACAAUAAUUUCAGUCCGUACAGUCGCCUUUGCCGGUAGUAGUCGAGACGGGAUAAAACGAGACUCGUUCCCAAAUUUUCCCGAUUUGUUGAAUCAAAAGUCGCAAUGUCGGCGCCCCAGAGCGACGUGGAGCGUAGGAAACAGAUUUCCGUAAGGGGGAUCGCAGAAAUCGACGACGUUAACGAAGUGAAGAAAACGUUUAACAGGCACGUCCACUACACUCUGGUGAAAGACAGGAAUGUGGCCACCACUAGGGAUUAUUACUUUGCCCUGGCUCAUACCGUUAGGGACCAUUUGGUAUCCAGGUGGAUCAGAACCCAGCAGUAUUAUUAUGAAACGGACCCAAAGAGAACUUACUAUCUAUCCCUGGAAUUCUACAUGGGAAGAACCCUAUCUAACACAAUGAUAAACCUUGGCAUCCAGUCUUCUUGUGACGAAGCUUUAUACCAUCUUGGCCUGGACAUCGAAGAAUUAGAAGAAAUGGAAGAGGAUGCGGGCCUUGGAAAUGGAGGUCUCGGUAGAUUAGCAGCGUGCUUUUUGGAUUCUAUGGCCACUUUAGGAAUGCCCGCUUACGGGUACGGUAUCCGUUACGAAUACGGAAUAUUCGCGCAACGUAUCAUCAAUGGGGAGCAACAAGAAGAGCCUGAUGAUUGGUUGAGGUUUGGUAACCCUUGGGAGAAAGCCCGACCCGAAUAUAUGUUGCCCGUUAACUUUUAUGGUAACGUUGUUGAUGGACCAAACGGUACUAAGAAAUGGGUUAAUACGCAAGUAGUUUUCGCCCUACCCUACGACAACCCCAUCCCUGGAUACAAGAAUAAUGUCGUAAAUACCUUGAGACUGUGGAGUGCCAAGAGUCCUGUAGACUUUAAUCUUAAAUUUUUCAACGACGGAGACUAUAUCCAAGCCGUCCUGGACAGAAACCUGGCCGAAAACAUCUCAAGAGUAUUGUACCCCAACGAUAACUGCUUCGAGGGCAAAGAACUACGUCUGAAACAAGAAUACUUCAUGGUAGCGGCAACCUUGCAAGACAUCAUCCGUAGAUUCAAGGCUGCCAAGUUUGGUACCAAGGCCGCCACUAGGAACAACUUUGACUCGUUCCCUGAUAAGGUAGCCAUUCAACUUAACGACACUCACCCUUCCAUGGCCAUUCCUGAACUAAUGCGACUCCUGGUGGACGUGGAAGGUCUCCCGUGGGAAAAAGCUUGGGAGAUCACCUGUAAAACUUGCGCCUAUACCAAUCACACGGUGUUGCCAGAGGCGCUGGAAAGAUGGCCGGUGAACAUGUUGCAAAACAUCCUGCCAAGACAUUUGGACAUUAUUUACAAGAUUAACCACCAUCACUUGGAGGAAGUGAAGAAGAGAUGGCCCGACGACUUCGACAGGCUGAGACGUAUGUCCCUGAUAGAAGAAGAUGGCGAGAAGCGGGUCAAUAUGGCCAAUCUGAGUAUCGUCGGCAGUCAUGCCGUUAAUGGGGUGGCCAGGAUACAUUCGGAAAUCAUUAAGGAUGACUUAUUCAAAGACUUUUACCAACUAUCCCCGGAAAAGUUCCAAAACAAAACCAACGGUAUCACCCCCAGAAGGUGGUUGCUUCUGUGCAACCCCAGUCUCAGCGACUUGAUCUCCGACAAGAUCGGCGAAGACUGGAUCGUUCAUCUGGAGCAGCUGCAGAAAUUGAAAGCGUUUGCUAAAGAUCCGAAUUUCCAGAGGGCGGUGAUGAAGGUGAAGCAGGAGAACAAGUUGCGACUCGCCCAAAUGCUGGAAAAAGACUACGGGGUGAAGGUGAAUCCCGCCUCGAUGUUCGAUAUUCAAGUGAAACGUAUCCACGAGUACAAGAGGCAACUGUUGAAUUGUUUGCAUAUUAUUACCAUGUAUAAUCGUAUUAAGAAGAAUCCGUCCGCCAAAUUUGUGCCUAGGACUGUGAUGAUCGGAGGGAAGGCUGCCCCCGGUUACUAUACUGCCAAGAAGAUCAUUAAGCUUAUUAAUUAUGUUGCAAAUGUGGUUAAUAAUGAUCCGAUUGUUGGCGAUAAACUUAAGGUAAUUUAUCUGGAAAACUACCGAGUGACUUUGGCUGAAAAAAUUAUGCCGGCAGCCGAUUUAUCCGAGCAAAUUUCGACUGCUGGUACGGAGGCUUCCGGUACCGGAAACAUGAAGUUCCAGUUGAACGGUGCCUUAACUAUCGGUACCCUGGACGGUGCCAAUGUGGAAAUGGCCGAGGAAAUGGGCAACGAGAACAUUUUCAUUUUUGGCAUGACCGUCGAAGAAGUGGAAGAGUUAAAGAAAAAAGGUUACAACGCCUACGACUACUACAACUCCAACCCAGAAAUAAAGCAAGUCGUCGACCAAAUCCAAAACGGUUUCUUCAGCCCGAAUAACCCGGACGAAUUUAAAGAUUUAGCAGAUAUUUUGCUGAAAUACGACCGGUUCUAUCUCUUGGCCGAUUACGAGUCUUAUAUCAAAAAGCAGGAUGAAGUCAGUGCAACUUAUCAGAAUCAAGCGAAGUGGCUGGAAAUGGCCAUAAUGAACAUCGCCACAUCAGGAAAGUUCUCCAGUGACCGAACCAUUAUUGAAUACGGUCGGGAGAUUUGGGGAGUCGAACCCAACUACAAGAAACUUCCGGAUCCGUCUGUGCCAAGAGAAUUAGCUUUAAAGGAUGACAAAUAGGAUUAGUUUUAUAGGUAUCUACGUUACAAUUGCUUUAUAUAUAUAUGGUAGGAACAAGUUGAUGAGUACUUUAUGAUUAUAAUAAUUAUUAAAUUGAAUGCGAGUUGCUACUCUAUAUUAGUAUUUUAGAUUUGUUAGAGACCCAAUCAAGUAGCUGUUUAAUUUUAUGUCGACGUUCUGACUUUUAUUUAAAGGUUCAUCCUCAUAAGAAAAAUUGGUCCAGAGUGAAAGAAUUCAAAAAAAGUAUAACUAUAAGAGAAGGAAAAAAACAUUACAAAACUAUGUAUGAGGUAGCGGACGCAAAUAUAGCCCAGUUAAGGUUAAAAUGUCAUUGAAAACUUGACUUUGGCUUUAUAAUAAUUGUUGCUCUAGGUCGGACUUUCUUUUUAUCGACAGGUGUGGGUAAAAGCUCUUUUAAACAAGUGAAGAUUCUAAAGGAGUUGCUUUGGUUUUAGAUCUAAGAGUAGCCCAUGGUAUAUUUUCAUCAUUAGAAGAUUCCAAGGGCUCUUAACGGUGAACAUACAUUGCAUUCAGUACAUAACAAAUAAAUAAACGUUUAUUUGCCAAUAUAAAGAUAUCUAGAAAUUUCAUCAACAUAAGAGGGCAAUAAAACGGACCCUCACGUAAGCUGCACUAAUUUACCACUUGUUUGUGAAAUUCUUGACAAGAAUGGUUUUAUGGUGAAAUUGAUUUUUUUUAAGAUUCUGUAGUGCCCUGAGGGUGACUUAAUAUAGCCAAAACGUCGACAUAACAGAUUCUUGGUUCAAUUCAAUUAGCUGUCGUCUAAAAUUUAUUUUUGAAAGUUUUAAUAAACAAUUAUUAAAAUCAUUUCUUCUUUAUUGUCCUUAAUUUUUUUUCUUAAAUAUCUACGCAUCGAUCUAGUCCGUACAAUUUUGUAGUUUUUAGACAUUUCGCACACUUAUUGUUAAACCUUUUAAAAUAUUUUAUGGCGGCUGUCGUCUGAUGAUUGUUUUUUUUUGUUAAAAAUCUACAAAACAGAUGUUUAUUUUCUUAUAAAAAAGUCUUAACAUAUAUUAAAUAUGAACAAAUUUUAAUAAAAAUUGAAUUAUAUUCAUAUAAAGAGUUUAUUAUAGAAUUUUUUUAUUAACUUAAAGUUAAGGUAUGAAUUAUAGUUUUUAAAAUACUCAAGUGUUUUGAUGCAUGUUAAAUAAAAUAAUCUUUACUUAAA